AUGAACGAUUCUGGCAACCAGCCGCCAGAGGCGGUGGACUCUGCCCACUCGCAAGGCCUCGUUGGCGGUGACGGCGGAGGAGUGUAUACUCUCAGGAGCCGAAUCCAUAAGGACAUCAGCGUUGACUCCGAGACCGGCAGCGUCGAUUCACGAGACAUCAAAAGAAGACAGGUCUUCCAUGGAUGGAAGCUCAUGUGGCUUGCCUAUCAGUCCAUCGGCGUGAUAUAUGGCGACAUCGGCACCAGUCCGUUGUACGUGUACUCGUCGACCUUCUCCUCCCCCCCGAGCCGCGAAGACUUGAUUGGCGCCUGCUCCUGGAUCAUCUGGGCCCUCACGAUCAUGGUCACCAUCAAGUACUGCUUUAUCGUCCUCCGAGCCGACGACGAAGGAGAGGGUGGCACUUUUGCCCUGUUCUCCCUGUUGACGCGAUACGCCAACAUUGUCCGUCGCCAUCCCCGUGAGGCGCAAAUGGUCAGGAUGGAGCGGCACAUCACCGGAGACCUUCGCAAGCCCGCACGGACGGCGCGUAGUCUCAUGGAACGCUCUCCGACGGUUCAAUGGAUCCUCAAAGUCCUGGGCGUGUUUGGUGUGGCGCUCGUCAUGUCUGACGGUGUGCUGACCCCGGCACAGUCUGUCCUUGGUGCGAUCCAGGGCAUCGAAGUCGUGGCUUCGAACAUCAGCCAGGCCACCGUGAUUGGAUCUUCUUGUGCCAUCCUCAUCGUCCUCUUCCUGCUCCAGCCAUUCGGAAUCACCAAGCUCGCGAGUACAUUUGCGCCCAUCGUUAUCAUCUGGCUGCUUUUCAACGCCGUCUUUGGGAUUUACAACCUGGCCAAGCACGAUGCCUCUGUCCUCAAGGCUUUCUCUCCCUAUUUUGCUGGGCACUACCUUGUCAGAAAUGGACGAGAAGGAUGGAUCAACCUCGGAGGAAUCCUUCUAGCCUUCACUGGGUGCGAGACUCUCUACGCCGACCUUGGAGCGUUCAGUGCACCCGCCGUCCGACUGUCUUGGCUCUACUUCACCUAUCCUUGUCUUCUCUUGGGCUAUAUUGGACAAGCAGCAUAUCUGGCCGAUAUCCCCGAUGCGUACAACAACCCCUUCUUUAAGACUGUGCCUCCAGGGUGCAUCUGGCCGUCACUCAUCAUCGCAAUCCUUGCGGCGAUUGUCGCAAGCCAGGCCACGAUCACGGCGACGUUUCAGCUGUUGACUCAGAUCAUGAAGUUGUCCUAUUUCCCGCAGCUCAAGGUGGUGCACGUGUCCAAGAUCUUCUACGGCCAGAUCUAUAUGCCCAUCGCGAACUGGCUGCUGAUGAUUGGAACCGUCAUCAUCACCGGUGUCUACACCAACACCACCAAUCUGGGUCAUGCGUACGGAGUUUGUGUGAUUCUCGUCACAUUCCUCACCACCAACAUGGUCGCCGUGGUGGCAUUGAUCGUCUGGCGGUAUCCAUUGUAUGUCGUUGCGCCGGUGUGGCUCAUAUUUGCGCUUUGGGACGGCAUAUUCCUGUCUUCCGCUCUGACCAAAGUGCCCAACGGCGCCUGGUUCACUUUGGCCCUCUCCGUCAUCCUCGUAUGCUUCUUUGUCCUGUGGCGGUUCGGAAAGGAGGAACAGUGGAAAGCAGAAGGGUUCGAACGGGUGCCCACGUCCGACAUCUUCAGACCGGCGGAGAGUACGAGCGAAUACAGCCGCAAGCUCCGCCUCAGUCCCGCCUUUGGCGACGAAGAAAUCACGCGCAUCAACGGCAUCGGCGUGUUCUUCGACAAGUCCGGCGCCGCAUCCACGACUCCCACGGCAUUCAUCCACUUCCUCCAGAAGUUCCACGCCGCGCCCGACGUGAUCAUCUUCUUCCACCUGCGCCCCUUGGAAAUCCCCACGCUGCCGGCGGAAGAACGGUACCAGAUCAUCCGGUGCUUCAUGGGCGAUGGAGGCAACGGCAAGAGACCGAUGCCAAACUGCUACCGCGUCAUCAUUCGUCACGGGUACAACGACGAGGUCGUCAGCCAGAACCUGGGACUGCUGCUGCACGACCAGGUGCGGGACUUCCUAGCCCACGAAGGAAUCGGCGACAACGAGGCUUCGCAUGCUGGUCCUUACAAGAUGCACGGCAACGGCGCGAAGCAGGUCGUGCUUGGAGAAAAGGCGCUGAACUCGGAGAGCACCUCGCUCGAGCAGUCGGCGCUGACGGAGCGCCUGUCCGAGCUCCAGCACGCGUUUUCGAAGCAGGUCGUCUACAUCGUGGGCAAGGAGCAGCUGCGCGUCAAGGCCCGCACGAAUAUCGUCCGGAGAGCCGUGCUGGAAGCGUUCCUGUGGGUCCGGGAGAACACGCGCACGAAAGUCCAGGCGCUGAAUAUCCCCGUGGACAAGCUCGUCGAGGUGGGAUUCAUCAAGGAGAUUUGA